AUGUCCGAAGACCAGCUCGCAAAGCUCGAGAAGCUCGAGAAGCGCAGGCAGCAGCUAGCGAAAUGGAAGCUCAAAAAGGCCUCUGCCGAGUCCCCGCCGGCCCCCACAAACACGGGGAAAAUCGAAGACACAGACGUUCACAAAGACGCAGCGCGUGCCGCUGAUACCGCAGAUACAAAAAAGAACGGGGCUCCCCCCUCUGCUGAAGAUUUGAGGAAGUUGGAAAGACAGCGGAAGCUAGAGGAGUGGAAGCGGAAGAAACAGCAGGGAGCCUCCGCCAGCCCGCUGCCCCAGCCCCAGGCCCCGUCUCCCGUAGUGCCCCUCGUAGCACCAGGGCCGCAAUCCGCCAGCCAAAUCCGUCUAGGCGCGUGGAAACUAAAGAAAAACAGUGGGCCUCUGGCCCCCGGAGUCGUAAGCCGCCUCGCCCCGCUUGUACGCAAGCGCACUGGUGCGGUAGCGAGUGUUUUUGCCGCUGAAGACGACGACGAGACCGGCUCGGGCCCGAUGUUCCGAGCCCCGGGCACCUCCAAAAGCAGUUAUAACCGUGCCGACAAUCCGGCAGGGCCCAAACGGGCAAAAGCCGCCCGCAGCGACGAAGCCGGCGACAAGGACGAGCUCGAUCUUUUCCUCGAGUCGCUUGAGCGCCCCGGAGACGGCAACCAGCCGCAGUCUGAAGCAAAGAGUGAGCCUGGAAUCAGGGCCACGGAAAAUAUGGCAGUUUUCAGCGCGAUGCCCGUGCCGGGGCCGGCAGAAGACGACGACGACGACGACGACGACGACGACGACGACGACGACGACGACGACGACCACGAGGGCGACCGGCUUAUUCUGGCGCGAAUGAAGAGCUUUGUGAAGGGCAAGGAACUCGCGAAAGUCGACCAUCAACACGUGGCUUAUACGCCCUUCCGCAAGGACUUCUACAUCGAGCUGCCGGCCGUGGGCCAGCUCACUUGCGACGACGUGAAGGCGAUGCGGCUAGAAAUGGACGGCAUCAAGGUCACGGGCUCGCACGUGCCCAGACCUAUCUGGGCCUGGGACCAGUUGCCCCUUUCGCCCUUGGUGCGUGCAGUCAUGGAGGACAAGCUCUCGUACACCAAACCAACGGCCAUCCAGUCGCAGGCGCUCCCCGCCAUCAUGUCCGGGCGGGACUUCAUGGGCGUGGCGAAAACCGGGUCCGGCAAGACAUUGGCAUUUGUGUUGCCUCUAUUGAACCACGUGCAGGCGCAGCCGCCCUUGGCCCGGGGCGACGGGCCCAUUGCCGUGCUCUUGACGCCCACGCGCGAGCUUGCGCUUCAGAUCUACAAGCAGCUCAGCCAUUUCACCAAGAAAUUGGCCAUCUCGGCGUGCUGCUGCUAUGGCGGAUCGUCCAUCGAGCCGCAGAUCGCCGAGCUCAAGAAGGGCUCGCAGGUGGUGGUGGCCACGCCCGGCCGCCUCAUUGACUUGCUUGCCGCCAACAACGGGCGCGUGUGCAACUUGCAGCGGGCCACGUACAUUGUGCUAGACGAGGCCGACCGCAUGUUCGAUUUUGGGUUCGAGCCGCAGGUGAACAAGAUCUUCUCGCAGAUCCGGCCGGACCGGCAGAGCAUUCUCUUUUCGGCGACAUUUGCCAAGAAGAUGGAGAGCCUUGCACGUGCUGUGCUCCUGGACCCCGUGGAGGUGGUGGUGGGUGGGAUCAGUGUUGUUGCGCCUGAAAUCACCCAGAAAGUCGAGUUCUUCGACGUGAACGACCGUGAGUCUGCCGACGAGAUCUUCCAGCGCAAGUUCCGCAGGCUCGUGGACACGCUUGCGCUGUUCCCGCGGGUGAAGAAACUUGUUUUCGUGGAGAAGCAGGACUCCGCGGACGGCUUGCUUGUCAAGUUGCUUGCCCAAAAGAUCCCCUGUGUAGCCAUCCACGGCGGGAAGGAGCAGAUCGACCGCAAGCAUGCAAUCCGGGAAUUCUCCUCCCAAGAGAGCGGCGUGGACGUGCUCAUCGCCACGUCCGUGGCCGCAAGAGGGCUCGAUGUCAAGGGCCUUGAUCUCGUGGUCAAUUUCGACCCGCCAAACCACAUGGAGGACUAUGUGCAUCGCGUCGGGCGCACGGGCAGGGCGGGCAACCAUGGCGAUGCGUACACCUUUGUGACGUCUGAGCAAGAGCGGCCAAUCACGGAUCUUGUGAAGGCGCUCCGGCUCAGCAAGGUGCCCGACGCGCUCAUUGAGCCUCGCCUCAUUGAGAUUGCCAACUCGUUUUUGGACAAAGUCAAGAGCGGGAAAGAGAAGUUCCGGUUCGGGUUCGGCGGGAACGGGUUGAACAAGCUCGACGAGACGCGGAACUCCACCAAGCUGAUGGAGAGGAAGGCAUACGACGUGGAGUCCGAGCCGAAAGCAUCGGGCUCAGCCAAGGCACAUGCGGCCGACAAGUCUACGCCUGAAGCGGCCCUUGACUUGCCGGAGUUCAAAGUCAUCGAGGGAAGGGCCGAGGAGACGUCGGGGCCAGAUAAGUGCAAGUUCCACUCGCGUGUCACCAUCAACGAUCUCCCUCAGAAGGCCAGGUGGAUAGUCAUGAACGCGGACAGUCUUGCGCAAAUCAUCGAGGCCACCUCUACGUCCAUUACAAACAAGGGCCAGUACUACGCGCCGAAAACAAAAAUCCCCGCCACGGUGAAACAAGGCGGGCGUGACGUGCCUGCUCCGCCGAAAUUGUACUUGCUUAUCGAGGGACUUACGGAAAACGCGGUGAGCGAGGCGAACCGCAUGCUCCGGCUCAAAAUGAUUGACGGGCUCGAACAGGCCGCCGCAGACGAGGGGCUGGCUGCUCCAGGAAAAUACACAGUCUAG